GUCACGUGACCCGGAUGCGUCGGCAGUCAUAAAACAUGGCGCUGCAGUUCACGGACGCGGAUUUUAAGGAGGCUUGGAAGGAGCUGGACGAGCCUCAGCUCGAGGGAGGAUGGGAACUUUUCACAGAGAGCAUGGGCAUGAAAAUAUACCGACUUUACAAUAAGGAAACAGGUCUUUAUGAGUAUAAAGUGCUCGGCACGCUGUCCAGCUGUUCUCCAGAGGUCUGUGCAGAUGUUUACAUGGAUCUGGACUACAGGAAGCAGUGGGACAGUUAUGUCAAAGAGCUACAUGAGAAAGACUAUGGUGGACAGAAGGCCGUUUACUGGGAGGUGAAAUAUCCCUUUCCCCUGUCCAACAGAGACUACGUGUACGUUCGGGAGCGCAGGGACUUGCUGGUGGACGGGAGGAAGAUCUGGAUGGUGCUGGCGAGGAGCUCAGACGUGUCUCAUUGCCCUGAGAAGUCAGGAGUGAUCAGGGUGAAGGACUACAAGCAGACUGUUGUCAUGGAGAGUGAUGGAGCCCAGGGCAUUAAAGUCUUCAUGAACUACUUUGACAAUCCGGGAGGUAACAUCCCAACGUGGCUCAUCAACUGGGCAGCGAAGACUGGAGUUCCAGGCUUUCUGAAGGACUUACAGGAUGCCUGCUCCAAAUACUCGAACCACUGCAAGAACAGGAAGUGAAGUGCACUUGUGAAGUGACCUUGUUAACCCUUUCUCUCUCAGUCCACUCGUCUCCUCUCCAUCUUCAUCCCUCACACUGCUGCCUAAAGAAUGACUAGAAGAAUGUCAGCCUUCAUUAUUAUUAUUAUUAUUAUUAUUAUUAUUAUUAUUAUUAUUAUUAUUAUUAUUACACAGUCACAUGCAUCUAAAAAUGCUUCCCGGUCUUUCUGUCUUUCCGAACUACUUUGAUUAGUGGUGUUACGAAGAAUACCAGAAAAAUCCAGCAGAAAUUGUUUCUUUCCACUAGCCUUCUUAGCAGCAAGUGAAGGAUGAGAUCCAGCUCAAGUACAGGACUAUAAUCUGUAUAAAAAUAAAAACAAGGAAAGACAGAAAACACACCGAGUCCCAAACACACUGCUGUACUUUUUAAUACGUCCCUAAUGACCAGCAUCAGCAUCCGUGCCUUCUUUAUUCUCCACAUUUCCUGAUAUGUUCUCCAUUUAAACUAAAAAUAUAUCUGUAAUGCAGUGGCUCAUUCACAUUAAUAUAAAUACACACACUACUUAAUUUACACAAUCGUAUAAAAAGUUCCACAAAAGCAUGAGCUGAUAAAUAAGCGCUGAGCGCAUGUGGAGCUGCUCCCCCUGCUGGCUGCAUGCGGUACUGCAGGAUAAUUUACAACAUUCACAAGGCUAAAAUCUGUAUGCUGUUUUACACUCCAUGCUGUUUGUCAACUCUGAACUAACUUUCUUUCUUUCUUUCUUUCUUUUUUUCUUUCUUUCUUUCUUUGAGAUUAAUCAAUAACAUAUUAUAUUAAUCAUAUGCACUUUAUCUAUGAGCCCAGUGGUUUCCCUGGUGAUGCCUUUCAGCUUUUCUACAUACUGCUGAAAAACAUUGAUGCUGCGCUGUAGAAUACUGACCGGUUUUUAAACGAAUUACUGAACGAUGAACGAUUAUUGUGAGGACCGAAUCUCGCACUGGAGCCAUGAGGCCAGUGAAGCUUCAUUAAUUCAUCAUUAAUCAAUCACACUGAAGAAGAAGAACAACAACAACAACGAGCAGUAGAUAUCUGUAUGGGAAAGCAAUAUAUUUCAGAAUAUGUGUUUUAAAUGUUAAUAUUUCUGAUACACACUUUCAAAUGUCGGCCCUUUUUUCAGCUACUAAUAUAUUUUAAAUAUCAAAUGAACAAAUAAAGAAAAUUUGAAGAUU